ACUGCAGGCAGCUGGGGUGGUCUGCCCCACUGGCUAGAGAAGGACUCUGACAGAGGGUGGAUGGUGGUUUAGGGGGUCAUCCCGCUGCAGCUGUUCCAUGGCUGUGAUGGUGCCUCCACAGCUGCAGAGCAGUGAAAUGAGGUCCAUGGUGCCAGAGUCCUGAUGCUGGGUGUAGAGUCCCCCAGGGGCAGGGCGUGCCUGGCGCAGGGCUGUGCAUCUGGGGAGGGUGCCAUGUCCAAAGCAAGCCUGCCUGUCGUGCCAGAGAGAAGCCCCACGGAGCUGUCACCGCCAGCACUGCUGCCCCUGGGCAGGUGUGUCCACGCUGACACAAUCCAGCUCCCACAGUGUCCCUGCCCAGCACAUCCCAACCAGGAGCUCCAAGUGGAGCUAGUGGGACCACGGUGGUUCAUCUCACCUCUGUGGAGUGCUGAGCCCUGGCCCACUCACCUGAGCUACUGCAGCCCCACACAGCUGGACAGAGCCAUCCCCACGCUGCUGGCACCACCUGGGCUCUGCCAGCGUGGCCUUCAUGGAGGGGAUUCACUGUUGUCCUCCACCCUCAUCCUCCCCACGGUCUGGUUCUGUGCUGAGUACCUGGGGGGCCUCGGGUUCUGCGUGGGGCUCAAACUCUCUACAGCCAGCGGGGUGGGUGCUGAAGAUGGCAGGAAUUUGCAGCUCUGAGGUGUUGAGCCUCUCGCAGCUCCCUCUGGGGGUGCAGGAGGCUCUCGCUGUCAGCAACGAGUGAGCUGCGAGCGUGGCAAGAGCCAUGUGAAAUGAGCCACUUGUCCCCAGGAGCAGCCGCCCCAGCGUGGGGCUGCCAGGGCUCGGGGGGCUGAGUCCAGCCCCUGCUGAGGGCUGUGCCCUGCCGCUGCGGGAAGCGGUGCCUGGUGCCAGCCUUCAUGCCAGAUCACGUCAUGGGGGCACGACACCGUGUGCUGCUCUCUGCCACCCCUGUGCCACCUGGGGGGGGACACACCGUGCAGGGGGCCAGGCUGAGCCUCUGUGCCCGCCUCUGCCCCACACUGGCACCUGCACCAGCGCUGGGUGUCAGCUCGGCUACACUGCUGUUAGCUCGGGGGGCUGCUGUGAUCAGUGUGGAGAACUCGGGGGGUUGCUCUUGGCAGUGUGGAGAACUCGGGGGGCUGCUCUUGGCAGUGUGGAGAACUCGGGGGGCUGCUGUGAUCAGUGUGGAGAACUCGGGGGGCUGCUGUGAUCAGUGUGGAGAACUCGGGGGGCUGCUGUGAUCAGUGUGGAGCACUCGGGGGGCUGCUGUGAUCAGUGUGGAGAACUCGGGGGCUGCUGUAAUCAGUGUGGAGCACUCGGGGGGCUGCUCUUGGCAGUGUGGAGAACUCGGGGGGCUGCUGUGAUCAAUGUGGAGCACUCGGGGGGCUGCUCUUGGCAGUGUGGAGCGCUCGGAGGGAAUGCCAGCAGUGUGGAUCACUCGGGGGGCUGCCAGCAGUAGUGUGAAGCCCCAGCAGCCACCUCACCAUUUGGCAGCGGUGCCGGUGCCCCGACGGAACACCCUGCAUCCAGCACGGCGCUGCCGGCUCCGGUGCCUCCAUUCUAUGACUCACAGGACUUGGCCGGUGCUGCCGCUGCGCUCGGGGCGUCUGCGGCCUCGGCCCCGCGGUUUGACCUCGGCACCGCCCGCUCGGCCCGGGACACUGAGCCGCAGCCAGGCUGGGCCCCCACCCGUGACCCUCCUGUCCCGGAGCUGCCGGUGCUCGGGGUAUUCCCACCCCCGCCCAGGGAUGCCCCCCAUCCCCAGGCGGGUCCCUGCUUGGACGCCGCUGCUCGACGCGGCCGUUCCACCCGGGAACGCGAGGGUUCCACGCCGAGAAGCCGCGGCUCAGCCCGGUACAGCUCACCGAGGGCUCACCGGGGGCUCACCUGUACAGCUCACUGGCCCGGCUCCGGUCACCGGCCCCGGUGCCCCAGCGCGUCCCGGCCGUUCAGCACCGCGGACAGCGGCGGAGAAUGAGACUGGAGAUGCGGCAUAGCCGGGAGAGGGACCGGGAGAGGGACCGGGGAAAUCGGGGGACCGGGAAAGCGAGGGUCAGCACUGCCCAAGGCGCCUGCUCUCACCAGCCCCGCGCCUCUUUGGUGGGCGUCAGAAAACCGGAGCGGUGGCUCCCUAACCCGGGGAGAGCGGGCUCUGCCGCCCCGCCCCUCAUCCCCGUCCCGCCGCCGGCUGUCCGCUCCCCGCCGCCCGGUGCCCCCCUCCCCCCCGCCCCCGCCGCCCGGUGCGUGCCCGGCGCUGACGUCAGCCCCGGCUCCGGGACCGAUAUAAGCCCCGGCCGCGCCGCCGGCUCUGCUCCCGCGGGACGGAUCGCGCUCGCUCCGCCGCCAGCACCGGCACAACAGGGCACGGGCACAGCGCACCGGGUACGGGACGGGGCAUGGGAACCGGGCGGGGACAGCACCGGGGCCGGGGGCGCGCAGAGGGGACGGAACGGGGCGGCCGGGAACGGAGGGGGCUCCGCGCGAGGGACGGUCCCGGGGCCGCCGUUCCCGUCGGGCCCCCGCCGCCGCCCCGGUCUCUGCUGCGGCGCUGAGCCUCGGGCCCCGCAGGUGCAGAGGGACCGAGGAUGCGGCGGGCACUGCUCACCCUCCUGCUGCUGCUCGCCCGCCCGCCGCCCGCCGCCGCCCGUCCCGCCACCACCGACGGCUCCGUCCCGGCGGCCGGGACCGGGGCUCAGGACCACCCGCUCUGGCCGCCGCUGGCGCCGCCGCCCCCGGGGCCGUGGCGAGGGCGGCGGGACGAGCCGCCGCUGUCCAUCGACCUCACCUUCCACCUCCUGCGGCACCUCCUGCUGCUCGCCCGCGCCCAGAGCCAGCGCGCCCGCGCCGAUUCCAAUCGCCGCAUCCUCGACGCCGUGGGACGCUGAUCCCCCCCGGAAUUCCCGGAUAGCCCGAACCCCCUCUUACCCUGGGGCUGCACCGGCCUCCAGCCACCGCCUCGGGCUCUGCGCUGCAGGACGCACGGCACCAGCACCGGCACCGGCUGAACCCGACUCAGCCCCAGCGCCGGGGCGAGUCGGAGCGGAACCGGCCCCGGGACCGGUCCGCACCGAUUUUGUAAUAAAACGUGGUGGAAACCCGAGGAGUGAGCGAAUGAGGGGUGGGGGCAGCUGGGGCUGUGCAGGGCCAGGGACUGGGCAA